UGGCUACACGCCCCCAAUAGAUAGAUGAAGUCAGCGUAUAUACGAAAACGAUCAAUGCCCAGACGAGGCUAUUAUGGCUACUAUUGUUGUAUCAUGAAACUAUCUUGCUGCGCUCAUUUCAUUUACUGCUGCCGCCAGAUUGAUAGCAAUAAGACCACACACCAAUCCCGGCCAGACCAAUGAUACGGGCCCCAGCAACAAUGGAAGCAAAUAAUCCCAGACUGGAGUCCCGAGUGCCUAGCCGGCGGAGUCGCAUCCCGAUGUCAACCAGUCAGACAAAAAUGACGCUCUCCGAUGGAGCCCAUGCCUCCCCACGAGAGGAAAUCGGAUGAAACUCAAUCAGGGCU